AUGGAUGGAGAAGAAAACGAACCGGAAGAAGGCGAAUUCCGACCUGAUCAAACUCAGGGUUUCAUGGGAAUGGAACCAACGACGGAAGCUCAGACCAAUUCUGGCAAAACGAAGCCGGCGCCGGUAAGUGACUCUCACGCUGAUGAACCGUUGGGUGCAACUAUCGAUCCUACAGUUAAUGUCGUCGCCCCUCCCAAAGUAUUGGAGUCGGUUGAAAUCCCCAAUUCCACAGUCCCUGCAUCACCGUCAACUAAAGCUCCCAUCGUUUCCCUUAUGGGCCCUAAUUCAUCUUUUGGGCCUGAGAAAAAUCCUAUCCUUGGGCCAGUUGAAAAUUUGGUCCCCCUUGGGUGUUUUGGGCCAUUCCCAACAAAUAAUGGCACUCCUAUAUUCUCGUUUACUUCUGAGCAUUUGAUCGUGAUUCAAAUGGUGGUAGUCCUAAACCUAAAAAAACGUCAUUGGCGGUCAUGUCCUCACGAAGCAGGUCUAACUUCAGAGCUCAAUAACCUCCGAAACGAUCUAUCUUCAGUACAGCUGGUUAAUAGAUCUGACACGUGGGAGUCCUCCUUGGAUAAAUAUGGAGCUUUCAAAGUAUGUGAUCUAAGGUGGAAAGUUGAUGGCCAAUCUGGAAUAACUCAAAAUAUUCCCACAAUCAAAUGGAGCAAGGAAGUCCCAAUCAAGGUUAACUGCUUCUUGUGGCGAGCAAUUCAACAGAGGAUUGCUUCAAUGACAGGCCUGAGAGCUAGAGGUAUCAAGAUUCAAACUACUAUGUGUGGUGCAUGCAUAAACGUAGAAGAAGAUGCUGAUCAUAUUUUGGUAAGAUGUCCGUUUGCAAAAAAUGUGAGGGAUAAAACCUUCAAUUGGUGCGGCAUACAGAAUCAGUCAUUCAAUAGCAUUGACGAACUACUCAGAUUUGCUGCAAAUUGGGGGAGGAGGCCUAAAAUGAAAGCUCGGUUCCAUACCAUUUGCUAUGGUCUAGUUUGGAAUCUAUGGAAAUAUCGUAACGAUCAGAUGUUCAAUCAGGUGUUCAUUAGUCCUUCGUAUGGUGUAGAGCAAAUCAAAUUAAUUUUAUAUAUGUGGGUUAAAUGUAGGGGUAAAGGUGGUAUCUAUUCAUGGGUAGAGUGGUCAUCAUCGCCUUUUUGUAUUUGA